AUGGGCCGUGCGUCUGGCUCCUCCCUGCCGCGCCACGGCUGCGUUGCCGUGCCGCCCUCGUUGCUGUGUCGCGCACCACCUCGCCAUGUCCUUCCCGUUCCGCUUUCUAACCUCGUCCAUCCUUCCCCCCCUCUCUCCACCCCCCCUCUCUCUCCCCCCCCUCUUCUCUCUCUCUCUCUCUCUCUCUCUCUCUCUCUCUCUCUCUCUCUCUCUCUCUCUCUCUCUCUUUCUCUAUCUCUCCUCGUGCUGCGUGUGAACCGCAGCGACAUAUCCUGCCACGUGGACAAGACUCUAGACGCCUCUACCGCGGCCAUGGGUGCCGCGACUGGCGCCGAUGCUGAGAUCCGCCUGCCGUCUGCCGCCUCCUCCGCAUCGUCCUCCCUCGGACUCCCCUCGCCCCCAUCCAUCCGCCCGCCCACUAUCUCCCCUCCCCCCCCCGCCUCGCCACCCCCUUCCCUUCCGCCCCCUUCCCCUCCAGCCACAUCCCCGCCGCCCUCCCCACCUCCCCCGGCCCCCUCCCCUCCACCUCCCCUUCCGCCCGCGCCUGUGGUGGUGGCAGCGGGCUUGGCGAGUGGCGGGCAGGCGCAGGGGGUUGGGGAGGUGGGCAGGGAGGGGGCGGUGAGGGCGCGGCGGACAGCGAGGGGGGGUCGUAGUGUUGGGGCGGAGAGCGAGGAGGGCGAGGAGGCGGAAGAGGCGGAGGAGGAGGGUGUGAAGGGGAGAGCAGUGGCGCGAGGGCAUGGCGCAUGGGCGGCGCGGAAGAAGAAGGGCCGUGGCAAGGGCGGGAAGAAGGCGCGGGGCGCAUGGGAGAGGUCGGGGGACGAGGAGGACGAGUACGAGGAGGAGGAGGAUGAGGAGGAAGCGGACGAGGAGGAGCGCGAGGAGGAGGACACGGGCAGGCGAGCAGGGGGCGCGACGAGGAGAGGCAGCAGGAAGGCAGUGGCAGGGCGGCGAGCAGGUGCAUUGCACGCGACUGACUCGUCGCUGCGGCGCAAGGGCAAGGCGAGGGGCAGGGCGAGGGGCAAGGUGGGCGCGAGGGCGGACGAGGAGCAGCAGGGCACGCGCAAGGACAGGAGACGGCGAGGCGAGGAGGACGAGGAGGACGAGGAGGAAGAGGAGGGGGAGGGCGAACGGGGGCGUGGGGGUGCUUGGGCCCUGCGGUCCAAGAAAACAGAGGAAGGUGGGCGCAGACGGGGGCAUGAGGGCAGGGGGGAGUACGGGGAGGAAGGGGAGGGGUUUAAAGGGGCAGUGGGGAGGGACAGGCUGUGGCAGCGUGGAGAUGGGUAUGGGCGCAAGGGGGGUGAGGGGGAGGGCGCAGAGGACAGCAGGUGGCGGUCCCAGCAGCAGCGCGGUGGGGAAGAGCGCUCGUGGGCAGCAGGGGCGGGCGCAGGUGGGGCGGGGCUGUGGUCGCAGCGCAGCAGUGGGGGCCAGGCGGGGUGGCAGGUGGGUGACAGGGGCAGAUGGGCGCAAGGAGGGGGGACCUAUGGGGAGCAGGGCGCAGGGGCAGGGGGGUAUUACGGCAAGGGGGCGGGCACAGGGGCGCAGUGGGGAGAUAGUGGGCGGAGAGAGGGGACAGUGGCAGGGGCGUGGGGCACAGGGUCAAGGGGGGCGGGGGGAGUUGGGGUGGUGGAGCCAUGGCGUGUGGGGGGGGUGGGAGGGGGGGGCGCGUGGGGUGGGGAACGCGGGUACAUGCUGUCACCCCCGGCAGCAGCAGCAGGUCGCAUGCAGAUGCUGCCAGGGGGAGGCGCAAGCACAGGCGGGGGUGCAGGCAUGGGUAUGGGCGUGGGCGUGGGCAGCAACAGCCCUGCAACAACGGGGUGGCGCGCAGGUGGGCUGCUGCCGUGGCUCACUGGCACGGCCUCCCCACCCCCUGCUGAUCCCCCUCCCUCUCCCCCGCCCCCCGCUCCUGUGGAGCAGACACAGCCCCAAGAGCAGCAGCAAGUGCAGCAGCAACCAGCCCAGCAGGUGCAGCAGCAGGUGCAAGAGCAGGGGGGAGGGACACAAGGUGGGGGGGGUGAGCAGCAGCAGCAGCAGCAGCAACAGCAGCAGGAGCAGCAGCAAGAGCAGCAGCAGCAGCAAGAGGAGGGCGGGCAGGAGGAGCAGCAGAAGGAAGUGGGCGAGAGUGGCGAUGCUGGAGAUGGUGGAAGGCCAGUCACACAAGACAAGAAGCCACCACGCAAGAUGGACUUUCUGCUGUUCAGCGGCUAUCGCAGCACCAUGGACACGUUUGUGGCCAUUGGCAACAUCCGCCCCAACCGCACGCUCACCGACCUUGACUGCUGGUGGCGCACGAAGAAGGGGUCGCGGCUGGCGGGGCGCGUGUCGGUGAAGCGCGUGGCGGAGAUGGCGCUGGGGCCAGCGGUGAUCAAGAGUCGUGGCAAGGGCCAGGAGUUGGCGGCGCUGCUGUUCUGCAUCCUGGAGGAGGAGGCCAACCUGCGUACGGGCGGUGCCCUGCGCAUGAGUGUGAACGGCGCGGAGCUGCUUGUGUACGAGGAGGACGCCAACCCCGGCUACAAGCUCAAGUUCGCUGCGGAGGAGACGCUGGUGUACGACGUGAUGUACUGCUCGCCGCCGCUGCAGCGCGAGUACGACACGCUGCGCCUGUACCAGUGGGUGGAGUUCCACCGCAAGGUGCACCGCAUCGACUUCUUCCAGCUCUACGACGCGGGGGGCGUCACGGACGACUUCCUGGGCGUGGCCGAGUCGUUUGUCAACGAGCGCCUGCUGGCUGUGCUCGACAUGCGCAUGGCCGCCAAGCACGACCCCUUCAUGCACGGCCAGCUGCUAGCGGCGCACGACUGUCUUUACUUUGCGCGCACGACAGCGCGGUGGGCGCUGUUCCUGGACGUGGACGAGUACCUCUAUGUCACGGCACCACCGCACUCCAUCCACGCCACGCUCCACAAGCACAAGCGGUCCACGUUCCUGACGGUGGGGUCAGUGCGAUACUUCACGGAGCGGUGUGCGGCGCCACCCGAGGGUGAGGAGUUCAAUGGGUGGGAGGUGGAGCGCAUGGUGUUCUGCGACCCGCACCCCACGUGCUCCAACACCACCCUGCACACCAACCGCAACCUGUGCCUGGGCAACGAGGGUAGCCGCAAGUACAUGGUGGACCCGCGCAAAACAUCCAUGAUUGCGGAGCACCGUGUGCUGGAGCCACGGGCGGGCGGCACGCAUCUGGACACAGAGGAGGUGCGCCUGGGGCGCUUCCCCGACCUUCCCGUGCAAGCGCUGGAGCCGUGCGGCAAGCUCGUCAAGGACGGCGACUGGAUCCCCCCUGCGUGGACGCGCGACACCGGCCUUGCCAAGCUGGCGGAGCGCAUGCGCCUCGACGACUCGCAAUGA